CGCAGCCAUGUCGGACCUGGGCUCCGAGGAGGCGGAAGAGUCCGCGGACGCCGCGGGAGGCAUCGGGGAGUACGAGGGCGAUCGCAAUUCCGAAGGGGAGCGGCAUGGAUUUGGGAAGGCGCUUCUGCCCAAUGGUGACACCUACGAAGGGGAAUACGAGCGUGGUUUGAGGAACGGACAAGGGACCUACAGGUUUAAAAAUGGUGCUCUCUACACUGGGACGUACGUUCAAAACAAAAAGCAUGGCAAAGGUGUAUUUUUUUAUCCAGAUGGAUCAAAAUAUGCAGGAGACUGGGUGGAUGACCAGAAACAGGGYUUUGGAGAAUAUCUGUAUGCAAAUGGAGACACCUAUACGGGAGAUUGGUCUAACAACAUGAGGCAYGGGAAAGGCACAUAUGUCUAUAAAGACACAGGAUCUAAGUAUGUCGGUCAUUGGGUAAAUGGAAUCCAGGAAGGACCAGCUGAACUUAUCCAUGAAAACCAUACAUUUAAGGGCAGGUUUCUCAAUGGAAAGCCUUUAGGUCGUGGCAAAUACAUCUUUAAAAUUGGAUGUGAGCAGCAUGGUGAAUACGUAGAAGCAGUGCAGGAAAAAGAAGAAGAAGAAGAAGARGAGGAGGAAGCACCACCACCUGUUGAAUCAAAAUGGAAAGUAUCUGAAAUUACUGAAUUAACCCCCUGGUCUCCCCAGGACGAGGAGAGAGAAGCAGCAGAGGCAUUAACUGAAGAGGAGAAACCUCCUACAGAAACUCAGGAGGAUGAGAGUCAUGACCCUUCCAAUAUAAGCAAUGCUGGAGGAGAGGAAGAAGUAAAUGGAGAUCAGGAGGAUGAAGAAAUUACUGGUUUAGAAGAAUGAAUCAGAGCAAACAGAGGAAUUGGAUGCAACUAAAGGAAAAGACCCCAAAAAAAGAAACUUCCAAGGAGGUGAUUUAGGAGAAUGAACCAGAGCAAACARAGGAAUUGGAUACAACUAAAGGAAAAGACACCAAAAAAAGAAUUUCAAAAUAUAUGAUUUAGGAGAAGGAACCAGAGGAAACAGAGGAAUUGGAUACAACUAAAGGAAAAGAGCCCCAAAAAGAGUGAUUUCAAAGUAGAUGAUUUAGUGUGGUAAACAAUAUUUUUAUUUGUAAAAGGUUGUGUUAGAUGCUUUGAAUAAACAUUUCUGUUACUG